AUGGACGCAGUCAAUCUGCGUCGCAAGGACACCACCAAGGGUCCGCCCUUGCGCAUCCUCUCGCUAGAUGGCGGCGGUGUCCGCGGCUACUCCAUGCUUAUCAUCCUCCAGGAACUCAUGUACCGCGUCUAUGUCGAAUGCGAAGGCAAGCCCCCGCGUCGCGAUCAGAUUCCCAAACCCUGCGACCACUUUGACCUCAUCGUCGGCACCGGCACCGGCGGUUUGAUCGCCCUCAUGCUGGGGCGGCUCCGCCUCGACCUCGAGACCUGCAAGGAAGUCUACGUGCGCAUGACCCGUCGCGUCUUUGAAACCGACAAGACCUUCGCCGGCAUCCCCUACCGCUCCACGCUCUUCAAGGCCUCCAAGCUCGAGGAGGCCAUCCGCGAAUGUGUGCGCGAACACACCAUCUACGAGAACGAGGGCAACGACCUGCCCCGGCAGAACGGUGGUCGCUCGUCCAUGUCCAGCCCCAUGUACAGUCCCAACUCCUCGCUCCCGCAGCGGUCGGGCAGUCGCGCCAGUUUCAGCACGACGGGGUCGUUUUCGAAUAACCCUGUCACCCAGCGGAAUUCGGCCUUCAUCAAUGGGCUGCGGUUUGGAAACCCGGAUGCGCUGUUGUAUGAUAACCGGGAAAACCGGACGAAAACCGCUGUCACGGCGUUGUAUAAAGGCACCACGCGCAACGGCUCGGCCGUCCUCCUUCGCUCCUACGACUCGCGCAAGGAACCCCCGCCCGAGUUCAACUGCACAAUCUGGCAAGCCGGUCGGGCGACGUCCGCGACUGGCCUCGCGUUCAAGCCCAUCCAGAUCGGCCAACAUGUAUUUAUCGACGAAGGGGCGGGCACCUACAACCCGGCGCCGCAGGUUCUCGAUGAAGCGACGGUGAACGAAUGGCCCGGGCGCGAAGUCGGCGUGUUCAUCAGCGUGGGUACUGGCAAGCGACCGCCCGGAACGAAUAGUCGACAGCAUGAAUGGUGGGAAGAUUUCUUCGGCGACACUAUGGGCACCUUCGCAGAGGCGCGGCGACGGCUGAUCGCCAAGAUUGAGGGCUGCGAGGAUAUCCACCGGGAGAUGCUGCGCGAGCAUCUGUCCAAGCGCAACGUCAGCCAGGACAACUACUACCGGCUGAACGUGGAAGUGGGCGUGGGCGAGUUUGGCAUGAACGAGUGGAACCGAUUGGCCGACAUCAGCACCAACACGCGUCGCUAUCUGACCCGCCCAGAGGUAAAGAAGCAGAUUCUCGAUGCCGGGGUGAAAUUUGCGAAGAUCGAGCGCAUGCACGAACGGGCGGCCCGUAUCGCGGCGGGCAGGGAGGACGACCCUGCAUUGUCCGCGGUCGACGACACCUCGUCGAUCAUGCACAGUCCGCAGUUGACCGUGCCGCCUCCAGCGAAUUUCGCCGUGGAAUUGCCUGCCGAACUGCCCGGGGACUUCUACCUUACGCCGACGGCUGCGCCCAACGAUGACCGACUACCCGUACAUCCGACGCCACAGGAUACCCUGCACCACCGGGUCCCAUCAUCGGGAAGAGCAUCGGUCAGUGACCUGGGACGCGUCAGUCCGACAGACGUCAGCCGGCCAGGAUCCCAGCAACACGGGUCCCCGCGUAUCAGCGUGGAGCAUGUCCACAGUGGGAUCCCUCCACCGGUGCCGCCGAAGACACCUAUCCCAUAUCCGGACGAGCCGAAUGAGCUCGGGGGGAUCCCCAUGCCAGCGCCGUUGGUGAUCUCCCAUGGACCGCAAAAGGUACGACCACCGUACCCGGUGGAUGAACCGCCUCCGGUGGUAAACAAACAGCGAAAGCCGAGCUAUCAUGUGCGAUGA